AUCCACUAUUUAUAUAUGAUGGGUUUUUCAUUUUCAAGUACUAAGAGAUUUCUCUUAAGCGUCGCCGUUUUGGUGCUCUUCAUUUCUUCUUCUUUGAUCUCCUCAACACAGAGCAGAAAGAUGUUAUCUUUGCCGGAACCAGAUCAUCGAAAAACGGGAAACGGCGUCGUUUUUGGCAAAUCAGAGGUAGAGGGCAGAAAGCUGUUAUUGUUGCAGGGAAAAACAGAGUUUGGAGAAAUCAAGAAAGUGCCUGCAGGCCAGGGUUUAAUGGACAGGGUGUUCAAGAGCCUUUUUGUCAAGGGGCAGGUGCCGGCGUCGUCUCCCAGCAAGAGAGGCCACGCCGACACCGUCGACGAGAAGCUCGUCGCCCGCCACCUCGCCGCCCUCCACCGGAUUCCCGGCUCCGUUCCGUCCCCCGGAACGGGGAACUGAUGAUCUUGCCAAAUUGGUGUCUUUUUAAUAAAAGUGAUUUUAACUC